ACUAAAGGGCGAGUGGGGGGUGUGGGGUGGGCGGCUUCGGACAAGGGAAUGGCCACUUAGCAGAUGUGUUAUAAUAGGGGUUCUUUAGUAGACAAUUUGAGGGUGGUCUUUUACACAUUCAUGAACUCUCCCUGACCAGCAAAAUGAGGGGUCACGUUCUAGGGCAUAGUGGAUGGUAGUUGUGAAAUGGAGAUGGACAGAAAAUGUGAAGUCAAUACUAUAAGUUCACCAUUCUUAUGAAAAGUUUUCUCAGAAUACAUACGGGCACAGUCUAGGAAAAACAGUGCUAAUAGGGGUUUUUCCUCCCUUCAAAAAACUUGAGCUACUGAUAUGGAAAGUGACAUUUCUCUCCAUUUAUCAUAUCUCUCAUUGCUGCUUGCUGCUUAGAUGGUAUUUCUGGCUUUCAAAAAGACACUGACUAUAAAUUGUGACUUUCUACACAACUCCAGGCAGCAAAAAAAGCUUUCUCGGCACAAAUGCCUCUAAACACCAUGGCACCGAGACAACAUCACUGCUCUCAAGCUGCUUAAAGUCUACUUUGUAAACCAUCAGAAAAAGGCUUACGACAGGGGAUACCCAGUUCUGAUGACAAUGUGGCAUGUCAAAGCAGAUUAGAUUGCCAUUUGGAAAGGCUACACGGAAGAGUUAUGGGUGUUUAUCUGGGCCUUAAGAGAUGGACAGGAUUUAGAAAGAGAAAUUUGGAGGCCUUUUGGUUGUGGAAACAAUACGAGGAAAAGUGGAAGUGGGGGUAUGCCUGUUAUUGUGAGUGACUAAAGAGACUAACCUUGUGAAAGGUUUAUGUCCCAAAGCAGCAGAAGUUAGGGUUCAAUAGCUAGAAUAGGCUAUGCAGGACUUUGAAGGCUGAGGGGCUUCAGUUGAAGAUGGGAGAGUGAGCUGUUAAAAGUUUCUGAACAGAGGAGAAAUAUGAUACAGGAAGAUUAAUGACGGUAGUUCAGAAUCAGUUGGAUAGUGGAGACACUACACGUAACAUCAUUAACCACUAUUAGGAUUGUUUCUUUGAAGUCAACCCAUCAUCGUUACUCAGCUGAGGUAUCUGAGAAUAGUAAAAUACAAAAUUAAGGUGUCAGAACUAGAGACCAGCAUGCUACCUAUCUCUGAACUGGAAGAUGGAAACAGUGACUCCUGUAGGGUCUCCAGGAUUCCAUGACCUCAAGUGGCCAGGGAUCCGUUGAAAGUCGUUGGGAGUUGUAACUAAGAUGGAAGUUUCAGAUGCUGAGAAAAGUAAAGAUGACCCGUUGUUAGAUAUCAGGAGGAUUGGAAAGUAUCCACUAUCUGUGAUAUUGCUGAUGAUCCUCAGGUACUUAGAGACUGUCGGCUUCAGUGGACUAUUUGGUGUGCUUGUUUUAUAUUUUCUUUCUCAGCUGGCUUACUUCACCAAUGAAGGAAGGUACCUGCAUCAAAUAUACAAAACCUCUAUGGUCAUCCUGGCCCUUAUUGGCGCCACCAUCACAGACUCCUGGGUUAGAAAAUUCAAGUAUGGAAGAGGGUUAAGCUUGUUUUUGCUUGGCCCUUUCUUUUUUUCUCUUUCUCCCUCUCCUUCCCUCACUCAGUGCUUGCUCUCCUGCUUUUGGUUAGUGUUUCUCGAGGUCUUAAUGAGUCUCUUUUCCUCUAGUGUCAUCAUCGUAAGCAAUAUACUCUUAUUAUUUGGCCAUAUCAUUGUCAUUAUCAUGGAAUUGCUGCCAGAAGACAUUAACAGGUCUAGGUUCCUUGCCAUUUCUGGCUUAUUCUUUGUGACUUCUAGCAUUGGUAUCAAGAUGCCAAAUUUGUUCUGUUUUGCUGGGGAACAGUUUCUAGCGCACCAGGUAAAGGAAAGAAGCAAAGUAUUCUCCUUCUUAUACAUGUCUACGAUCUUUGGGAAAUUAUUUGUCUUCAUUACCCCCUUCGUCUUGGGAAAGAAAAAGACGCUCCAAAGUAUCGCUGAAAAGUGCACCUACAAAGAUUGCAGCUUGAAAUACUUUGGCAUCUCAAUUGGCAUUUUGGCUAUUACCAUAGUGUUACCUAUAGUUUGCAAGAAGUUAUUCUUCAUAGAAGCACCCCAAGGGAGCAAUCUAUGGAAAAUCUUCAAGUGUAUCCGGUUUGCAGUUAAAAAUCAGCUACAUCACUGUUCUUGGAAGACCCCUAAGAGGGAUCAUUGGCUGGACUGGGCAUCAGAGAAGUUCUCAGAGAAUGAUAUUAAUGAAGUGAAGCUUCUUUUUCGGCUGUUGCUCUUCAUUUCACCCUUUCCAAUUUUCUGGGCCUUGUGUGAAAAACAGAAAGUAGAAUGGAAUUUACAAGCUAAGAAGAUGAAUCAUACUGUGGUCAGUACUACGAGGAACCGAAGGUCCAAGAAGUUACGUGGCUUGCCUCUGGUCACACCGAUGGCUGGGCAUUCUUUGGUAGAAGACCAAAAAAAGGUAUUUUUUAUUGCUGUCCUCCUGAUCGUCCUCCUUUUAGUAGAACUGGUUUUCAUCCCUGUGUUACAUCAGAUUGGAUUAAAGUUCUCGUUAAUAAAGAAAAUGAUAAUAGGAAUGAGCUUCAUUUACUUCUCAAGCCUAACGUUAUUUCACCUGGAACUACAAAUUGAGAAUUCUCCCAGAAAAAGUCCUGGCUCCCAGGAGUGCUACCUGAGAAUGAUUAAUGUGGCUAGCACUCCAUUUAAUGUGACCUUGAAAAACAACAACAAGAUGGUCUUCUCUAAAAUGUCCAGAGCUUUUGAGAUGACUAGGAAACCCAUCCUUGUUAGCCAUUCUGUCCCUGGCCAGGAGCUUGCAGGUGACUAUGACAAAAUCAGCUUGGACGAUGACCAUCAGUAUUUGCAUUUAUAUCUAUUUUCCCAUACAAUCACUAAAGAAGAAGAGAUUCUCCUGGAGGAGAAGACGACAUAUGUGUUGGUUCUGACUGAAAACAUGAAGCUUUACUCAGUCAAGCCGAUCAAGGAGACAUUUGACAAACCAGAGAAUGGAUUUGCAUAUGUGAGGAUUUUCAAUAUUCUGGACAAAGAUGCUUCUAUUGCCUUGCCUAUGAACAACUACACGCUCAAAAAAUUCAAUGGGAUCUCUCCACAGCUAAGCUUUAAGAUAAACGGAAAUGAAUUUCUGCUUUGUAAUAUUGAGAAGAGGACAUAUAUGUUAAACCUGGGACUGAUGAAUUUUGGAACCUCUUACCUGGUCUUUCUUACGAAGGACACCAUAGUACUGGAAACCUGGAAAACACAGCAGCUUGAAAUCAAGUCCACUCCCAUUUGGUGGCAAUUACCACAGUUACUUAUGAUGGAGAUAGGAAAAUAUUUACUCAUUGUUGCCUGCAUAGAGUUUUUCUACUAUGAGGCCCCAAAAGGCUUGAAGGUUACCAUGCAGACUUUGUUUAUGAUUACUGUCUUCAGCGGUUCUCUGACCCUGUCUUUUGUGACCUACAUCUCCAUCCUGCCUAAGUGGAUUGAAUACUUCUUACUUUCUGUCAUCCUGCUGGUUGUGAUCAUUAGUUUCAUCGCCAUAAGCUAUUACUACCAAGAAACUAUACCGAAAUUUCAGAAAGACCCUCUCUCCUGA